AUGGCAGGACUGCUUGGGAGCCCACACCUUGAAGACUCAGAUUGGACAGCACCACACAUGAAGACCUGCCUGACCUGCCACGGCUCAUGGGGGCUCACUGUCAGCCAUCCAAGGACAGCCUCUGCCCUGACAGUCCUCUCUGUGGUGUUUUGGGGUGCCCUCCUAUUGGCUGAUUCCCUUUCCCUUUUGGUGUGGGCAGCAGAGAACUUCACCUUUGGGGUACUGGGUCCCUGGGAUUGUGACCCCAUCUUUGCCCAGGCCCUCCCUAGCAUGGCUGCCCAGCUGGCUGUGGACCAAGUCAACCAAGAUGCAUCUCUGUUGCUGGGCUCACAGCUGGCUUUCGAGGUCCUCCCCACAGGUUGUGACACCCCUCAUGCCCUGGCCACAUUUCUGGCCCACAGGAACACUGUGGCUGCUUUUGUGGGCCCUGUCAAUCCUGGGUACUGCACAGCAGCAGCUUUGCUGGCCCAAGGCUGGGGCAAGUCCCUCUUCUCCUGGGCCUGUGGGGUUCCAGAGGGAGGCGGUAAGCUGACACCCACCUUGCCUUCUGCUGUGCAUGUGCUGUUGUCUGUCAUGAGGCACUUUGGCUGGGCACACUUGGCUAUCGUGUCUUCCCACCAGGACAUCUGGGUGGCCACAGCCCGGCAGCUGGCCACAGCUUUCAGGGCCCAUGGGCUGCCCGUGGGGCUUGUGACCUCUCUUGGACCUGGAGAGCAAGGGGCCACAGAGGUGUUCAAGCAGCUCCAAAGUGUGGACAGCCUGAAAAUUGUGGUGCUGUGCAUGCACUCGGCGCUGCUGGGGGGCCUGGAGCAGACCACCCUGCUGCACCGUGCUCAGGAGGAGGGCCUGGCAGAUGGGAGGCUGGUCUUCUUGCCCUAUGACACAUUGCUCUUCGCCCUGCCGUACCGCAACUAUUCCUACCUGGCUCUCGAUGACCGUGGCCCCCUGCAGGAGGCCUAUGAUGCAGUACUCACUAUCAGCCUGGAGUCCAGCCCUGAAGACUAUACCUUCGCUGCUGCCCACCUGCAGCUAGGGCAGGAUGAGGGACUUUCUCUUCCACAGGUGUCCCCACUCUUUGGAACCAUCUAUGAUGCUGUCAUCCUGGUGGCCCAUGCCCUGAACCGCUCUGAGAGGCAUCAAGCAGGGCUCUCAGGGGCUCACUUAGGGGACCACAUAGGGACUCUUGAUGUUGCUGGCUUUAGCCAGAGGAUCCGGAUGGAUGAAAAGGGCAGAAGGCUAGCCCAGUAUGUCAUCCUGGAUACAGAUGGUGAAGGAAACCAACUGAUGCCCACCCAUAUUCUAGACACAGAAACAUGGCAGGUGCAGUCCCUGGAAAAGGCUAUACAUUUUCCAGGAGGGGAUCCUCCGGACCAUGACUCCAGCUGCUGGUUUGACCCCAACAUACUAUGCAUGAGAGGUGUACUGCCCCUGGGAAGCCUCCUGCCUGUGGUACUGGCCUGUGUCCUGGCACUGGCUUGUGGAGUCCUUGCUUACUUCAUUAGGGUAAGCUUCCAGCAGCUGAGGCUGGUGCCGGGCCCCCAAAGGAUCCUGCUGACAGAGCAGGAGCUCACCUUCCUCCACCGAACCCCCAGUCGACGAAGGCUUCAUGUGGACAGUAGAAGUGAGUCGAGAAGUGCAGUGGAUGGUGGGAGCCCAAGGUCCGUGGCUCAGGGGUCAGCAAGGAGCCUGCCAGUCCCCCCGGAGCAUACCAACGUGGCCCUGUACCAGGGAGACUGGGUAUGGCUGAAGAAGUUUGAAGCAGGCACAGCCCCCGAGCUUCGGCCAAGCAACCUCAGCCUCUUGAGAAAGAUGUGUGAGAUACGGCAUGAGAAUGUUGCUGCCUGCCUGGGCCUUUUUGUAGCCCCUGGGGUCAGUGCUCUGGUACUGGAGCACUGUGCCCGAGGCAGCUUGGAGGAUCUGCUGUGGAACGAGGCCCUGCCGCUAGACUGGACCUUCAAGGCCUCCCUACUGCUGGAUCUGAUUCGUGGCAUGCGGUAUCUGCAUCAUCGACAUUUCCCCCAUGGCCGCCUCAAGUCCCGGAACUGUGUGGUAGAUGGACGCUUUGUGCUCAAGGUCACUGACCAUGGUUAUGCAGAACUCCUGGAGUCUCAGAAGUCUCCAAGACCCCAGUCAGCCCCAGAAGAGCUUUUGUGGACAGCUCCUGAGCUGCUCCGGGAAUCCCGGGGGCCUGGACGGGGCACCUUCAAAGGUGAUGUCUUCAGCCUGGGCAUCAUCCUGCAGGAGGUACUGACCCGAGGCCCACCCUACUGCUCCUCAGGGCUCUCAGCAGAAGAGAUCAUCCAGAAGGUGGUAUCUCCCCCUCCUUUGUGCCGACCACUAGUGUCCCCGGAUCACGGGCCACUCCUGUGUAUCCAGCUGAUGCAGCAGUGCUGGGAGGAGGCUCCCGAUGAUAGGCCAAGCCUGGACCAGAUCUACACACAGUUCAAAAGCAUCAACCAAGGCAAGAAGACCAGCGUGGCUGACUCCAUGCUGCGGAUGCUGGAGAAGUAUUCCCAAAGUCUGGAGGACCUGGUCCAGGAACGGACUGAGGAGCUGGAAUUGGAGAGGCGGAAGACAGAAAAACUGCUCUCACAGAUGCUCCCUCCGUCUGUGGCGGACACUCUGAAGAUGGGGGCCACUGUGGAGCCAGAGUACUUUGACCAGGUCACCAUCUACUUCAGUGACAUUGUGGGCUUUACCACCAUCUCAGCCCUCAGUGAGCCCAUGGAGGUGGUGGGCUUCCUCAAUGACCUCUACACACUGUUUGAUGCUGUUCUGGACCGCCAUGAUGUGUAUAAGGUAGAGACUAUUGGAGAUGCCUACAUGGUGGUAUCUGGGCUACCUCGGCGCAAUGGGAGUCGGCACGCGGCUGAGAUCGCCAACAUGGCCCUGGACAUCCUUAGCUAUGCUGGAGACUUCCGGAUGAGGCAUGCACCCUACGUGCCCAUCCAUGUCAGGGCGGGUCUGCACUCAGGGCCCUGUGUGGCAGGGGUCGUGGGUCUCACCAUGCCUCGGUAUUGUCUCUUUGGGGACACUGUCAACACUGCCUCCCGGAUGGAGUCCACAGGGCUGCCCUACAGAAUUCACGUCAGCCGAAGCACUGUCCAAGCCCUCCUCAGCCUUGAUGAAGGCUACAAAAUUGAUGUCAGAGGUCAGACUGAGCUGAAGGGGAAGGGCGUGGAGGAGACCUACUGGCUGGUGGGGAAGAUGGGAUUCCACAGGCCCCUCCCCACACCUCUGUCCGUCAAGCCUGGAGACCCCUGGCAGGACGUCAUAAAUCAAGAAAUCAGGAUGGGCUUUGCCAAAACCCGCCAGGGCCUGCCUGGAUCUGGGAGCUCAGGGGAGGCCAGGGCCAGCCCCUAAGGAGAGGUGAAUGGGCAGGAACCAAGGCAGUCCAGAUGCCCAGACCACCUAUUCAGAAAGACCUAUU